AUGCUGCAUCAUGAUGACAAUAUUAAGCUCUUCAAGGCUAAGUUAAGGAAAUUUGUUAUGAGCUCUCUACUUGAAGUUCUUGAAAUCCGUAAGAUUCAUCCAUGUUUGCCAUCUUUCAAGGCUGAAUUCACUGCAUCUGUUCCUCUGACUCGAAUUAGAGAUAUUGCUCACCGGAAUGACAUCCCAUAUGACCUCAAGUUACAAAUUAAGCACACUAUACAACACAAGCUUCACCGAAAUGGUGGUCCUGAAGAUUUGGUUGCGACAAAAGCUAUGCUUGCUAAAAUCACAAAGAACCCUAGAGAAUAUAAUCAAGCAUUUGUGGAGCAAUUCAAGAUAUUUCAUCAAGAACUCAAGGACUUCUUUAAUGCUAGCAGGUUUAUCUUAAAUUUUCAGUAUCACUUGUAA